CGUUCAGCCGGGUUGUUUCUUUCCACACACCGCUGGUUAUUACAUGUGUACAGUAUACUUCAGAUAGGUCUUGUAGCCUUUGAGAGGAUAGAAGUGUACUGUCGGAGGUAAAGAGUGGCCGCUACGUAUUAGUGUGAAAAUAUUUGAUAAGGAUACAGUCCGGGGAGCUUUCUAAGGUAAAGGUUGAUUAGCUAACUAGCUUCUACAACCAGUGACUGAUAACGGACGGCGUUGAACUCGUAACUACCUGGUUAAAACCUAAGCAGGUGAGUCAGAAUGGCCCAGGGGAUCCCAGACGAGCUGCUGACGAACUCUGAUUUGAUAAAAGAGCUGGCAGAGGAGGCAAAAGACUCAGCGCUGACACGGGGUGUCCUAAUGAGGCUCCAGGAGACCCCCAACUCAUCUGAGGUGGUGUCCUUUGCUCCAUUCACACUGUUCCCCACACCUGUGCCUAAAGCUGUGUUCCUCCAGGCUCUGGCAGUGCAAACACACUACAACACCCUGGUGGACAAGAUCAGCCAGGAUGCAGACUUCCUACAAGAGGCUUUGACUAGCACCAUUGCUGUGGAUGAUUUCACUGCAAGGUUGUUCAAGAUCCACCAACAGAUCCUAAAAGAAGGAAGGUCACAGACGAUUGUGUUGGGUCUCAAUCGGUCUGACUACAUGCUGGACCAGAGAGAGAAUGGCACGUCAUCUCUAAAGCAGAUAGAGAUCAACACCAUUGCGGCCAGUUUUGGAGGCCUUUCAUCACACACGCCAGGUUUACACAGACAUAUCCUUGAGAUGGCCAGCAGGCUGGAGGAGAGCCAGCGUAUCCUGGAUAAUAAUCCUGCAGCUGGUCUGGCCAAGGCCAUUGCCAAAGUCUGGGAGCUCUAUGGAUCAGAGAAAGCAGUCAUCAUGUUCUUGGUGGAAGAGAUCCAAAGAAAUGUCUUUGAUCAGCGAUACAUUGAGUAUGAACUGUUAAAGAGAAACAUUCACUCAAUAAGACGGCGGUUUGACAAUGUCUUUAAAACAGGCUCUCUUGAUCAGGACAAAAGGCUCUUUGUUGAUGGCAAGGAGGUCGCCGUGGUGUAUUUCAGGAAUGGUUACAUGCCUCAGAACUACACUUCUGAACAGAGCUGGGAUGCUCGUGUUCUGAUGGAACGCUCUCGAGCGGUGAAAUGUCCAGAUAUCAGCACUCACCUGGCUGGAACCAAGAAGGUUCAGCAAGUGCUCGCCAGACCUGGAGUCCUGGAGAGGUUCUUCCCGGACCAGCCACAAGUUGUGGAGCAGAUCAGGGCGACAUUCGCUGGCCUGUACACUCUAGACACGGGCCCAGAGGGUGACCAAACAGUAGCAAUGGCUUUGGCAGCACCAGAACGGUUUGUCUUGAAGCCUCAGCGAGAAGGAGGAGGUAACAACAUUUAUGGAUCAGAGCUCUGCCAGGUCCUGGAACAAGUGAAGGACAGUACCGAACGCACGGCCUAUAUUCUGAUGGAUAAAAUCCAUCCCACCCCUGUAAGGAACUACUUGGUGAGACAAGACAGUCCCCUGAAAAUAAGCAACUGUCUCAGUGAACUGGGAGUGUUUGGAGCAUAUAUAAGGCAGGGUAAAGACAUGGUGAUGAACGAGUGUGCGGGCCAUCUGCUGAGGACCAAGAGCUCCGAACACUCAGACGGGGGCGUCGCAGCAGGAGUGGCCGUGCUGGACAAUCCUCUCCUGUUCUGAGAUUUCACACUCCUGCGUGCACAUAUGGACGAAGUUCCUACAGCGCAUGAAAACCUGACAGAGGUGAUGCAGCAGACAAAUGUCUGAUGUAUCAGGUGUAGCUUUGUUUUGUUUUUUUGGUUUUUUUUUUUUGCAGCAAUUACCAAAAACCGUGAUUAUAUGAAUUCUGAGUCACCAUCUUUUUCCAUUUUUAACAUGAUGAUUGUGUUCAGAAUGGAUUAUUUCAGUAACAUGUUAAGAACUACUAAAUCUUUGUAAGACUGUAUUAAAGAACACGUUAAAGGUGAUACACAUUAUGAUGUUUUUGUAAAAAGUGUCAUUGUCACACUUUCAGGGCUUUAUCACUUUUCUUUAGUGAAAUAUUUUUGAUAAUAUUAGUUUAUGUUAGGUUUUUUUUUUUUGAAAGUUAUAAGCAUGGCAAAAUGUGUCUAUAUUGCCAUCUUCUGGCAGUCUGUUGUUACUACACGUGAAGCUUUGAUUCCAUUGGAAGGAUUCAGCACCACCUAGCAUCUUUAGACAGCCAUCUGGCCUCCCUGUUUGUUAAAAACUGAACUUUUUUUAUUAGAGAUACUAAUCAUUAAGUACUGUAAUGAUUUUGUGUAAUUGGAUCUGGUUCUUGUUAAAAACAUACAUCACGUGUUUGCUUCAUGUUGAUUUUCUGAGGUUAAAGAGCAGUUUCUGUGCUUUCAACACAUAUCUUUAAUCACGAUGGUUUAAACUGGAAAAGUGAGCUCCAGGUGAGACUGCACAAAAGAACAAGUGUCCUUAAACUGCAUCAGCUGAUUACUGAUGGUAUCUACUGUUUCUAUUCUGUGUUUUUCUGACUGAAUUUGAUGACUAGCAGGAAUGUGUUGGUCUAUGUGAAUACAAGAUAGUGUAUUUCUGCCGUGUAAUACGUGCUUGCCAGUUUGCAAUCCCCACUGUGGGUUGCGUAAAAGUUUUUUUGUGACCGGCAUUGAAGGGUUAAUACUGUGAAAUUGUGUAAUACAGUGAAACAGUACUUGGUGAAGAGCCAUUUGUUUCACCCUUUGGACCAAAAAAACAAUAUGCAGUAUUUUGAGUGAACAAAUAA